UGACGCUCUGUGGAUUUUUUUCUUGAUUUCUUAUCUCGCCAACUAGAAAUUCCACAUUUGUAACUUGUUUCAAACAGUAUGCAUUUAUCUUUGCUAUCGUUUAUCAGAUCAGAGACCGUUGUAGGUGAUAGUUUCCUAAUAAAACAAUCGAGCACCGUUCGAAAAGCGAGAGUAAUCAGUGCGGUAGUGAACAGUCGACGGUCGAAGAACGUUCAAGGCGACAAAUGUUUCCUACCUUUUGAAAUAAAUAAAUAAAGUGUCAGUCAUAUACAAAACUCGGCCGAAAUCAUGUCAGAAAUCGAAGAAAUCAGAGCCCAACUCCGGGACCAAAAGCACGAACACUUGCUCCGGUAUUGGCCCGACCUCAACAAUGAAGAGAAGAAGCAAUUACUCGAGCAACUCAAAUCAAUCGAUAUUGACAAAAUCAACGAUUUGUUUCGGAGAGCUGAAAGCUCGUACAAAGAGACCCAACGGACUUAUUUCGACGACCAAAUGAAACCUCUAGACCCGUCCCAUUACGAAUCAGAAGAAAACUCCACCGAUGAUACUCUAGACAAAUACCGAAACCUCGGACUCGAGGAAAUCGCAGCCGGACAUGUGGCCGUCUUGUUGAUGGCCGGGGGUCAAGGGACGCGCUUAGGAGUCUCCUACCCCAAAGGUAUGUACAACGUGGGCCUCCCCUCUGGAAAAACCCUCUUCCAAAUCCAAGCCGAACGCAUCCGACGCUUACAAACCCUCGCAAAGGGGAAAACUGGAAAAUCCGGAAAAAUCCCCUGGUACAUUAUGACCAGUGGUCCGACCAAUGAAGCCACCGAGAAAUUCCUCCAACAACACAAUUAUUUCGGACUCGAGAAAUCCGACGUUGUUUUAUUCAAACAAGGACUCCUCCCUUGUUUCGACUUCGAAGGUCGGGCUUUCCUCGACGGGAAAGCCUCCAUAGCCCGCGCCCCUGAUGGCAACGGGGGGAUUUACCGCGCGUUAGCCCAGAAUAAAAUCCUAGAGGACAUGCAACGACGAGGGGUGAAAUACGUGCACGUCCACAGUGUCGAUAAUAUUCUGGUCAAAGUGGCAGACCCCGUUUUCGUGGGGUAUUGCAAGUCGAAAGACGCGGAUUGUGCGGCUAAAGUGGUGCAAAAAACCAACCCCGAUGAGGCAGUCGGGGUGGUUUGCUUCGUCGAUGGUCAAGUCCGCGUCGUUGAGUAUAGCGAAAUAACGCAAAGCACCGCGAGUUUGACCGAUAAAAACGGCCGUUUGGUUUUUAACGCCGGGAAUAUUUGCAAUCAUUUGUUCACCGUGGACUUCCUCAAAGAAGUCGCGGAUAAAUACGAGGACAAGCUUAAACUCCACGUUGCUAAGAAGAAAAUCCCGUAUUUGGACGACGAGGGGAAUCUUGUCAAACCGGCGCAAGUUUCGGGGGUCAAAAUCGAGAAAUUUGUCUUUGAUGUUUUCCAGUUUUCCCAGAAGUUUGUCGCUUGGGAAGUCCCGAGAAAUAGCGAAUUCAGUGCAAUGAAAAACUCCGAUAAAGAUAAAAAAGACUGUCCAUCGACUGCAAAGAGUGAUUUACUUGCUUUGCAUAAAAAAUACAUUGAGAAAGCUGGUGGGGUUGUGAGAUGCGACGAAGUGGAAAUUUCUCCGCUUUUGUCGUACGAAGGUGAAAAUUUGGAGCAAGUGCGCGGAAAAGUGUUCGAUAAACCGAUUAUCUUAGCACCAGACGAAGAACUUACAUGUCCGUAAAAAACACCUAAUCAGAUAUUUUAUCUUAAGUAUUGUGCUCCACACAUUAUUUAUUUUAUUGGGUGAAAGGUACUACUGUAAAAACAUAUUUUUUUAAAUAAAUCAUCCUCAAUUUGGA